UAGCUGAAAAAUACUAAAUAAAUAGCUAGAUCUAGUAAAUUUAUUAUCUAGUAAUAUCUUUAUCUAGAUUUGUUUUAGAUCUUGAGAUCUAGAUUUUAGAAUCUAGAUUCUAUCAGUUACCAGGACAAAUGUAUUCCUCUACGGUCACAAGUAAAAUAUUAAAACAAAAGCCCAAUUCAUCAUUAGGAGUAUAUAACAGAACCCAAGGUUCUCUGGAAUUUAAUAGCACAUUUGUGGUAAAAAAUAGAAAUUUCAAUAGACAGUAUGCUCAUCUGUAUGCAGAACGAUUAAUGAAAAUGAGGACCAGGUUAACCCAAGCUGCUCGCAGUAGAUGGGGUGACAAAUUUCCUCAUAGACAUCUUCACAAUUUGAAAAGUGAUGAACGUUGCAUUGUUAUUGGAACCUUGUUCAAACACAUGGAAUUUCAACCCAGUAUUUUAAAGGAAGUUAGUGAAGAGCAUAAUCUGAUGCCACAGCCGAUAAAAUCACGGUACACUGAUGCUGGAGAUAAAUUAAUAAUGGAGGAUGAGCUGCAGAGAAUAAUACUACUGGGUGAACUCACUUGUCAAAGGAAUGUCACUGGUGUCAUUGUUGCUGUUAUGGGGUUUGAGCCUGAAGAUAAGAAAGGCAAGUUUCAAGUGGAAGAUUACUGUUUUCAAGAAUUACCAGUUCAGAUUGAAAGACCACAGUUACAUUGCAACAAAUACGUCUUGUUUGUUAGUGGCCUUGAGUUUGGCAGCAGAGAGCAGCGUUGUUUUCAGAUGCAAAUGCUGGCUGAUGUCAUCUGUGGUCAGCUUGGUGCUGAUGACCAAAUUGAAGCAUCUGCAGAUAUAUGCCAUGUGAUCAUUGCAGGGAACAGUUUAAGUGAAUCAACACAGGACAGAGAUAGUAUUACUAAGGCCAAGUAUUUAUCUAAAAAGAGUUCUGCAGGGAGUGUUGAGGCAAUUAAAAGCCUAGAUGAUUUCCUUCUUCAACUUGUGUCAUCUGUGGAUGUGACCUUGAUACCAGGUCAGUUUGACCCUAGUAAUUACACUUUACCUCAGCAACCUCUUCAUCCAUGCAUGUUGCCUCAGGCAGCAGAGUACAACACUUUUCACUGUCAAACCAACCCGUGCCAACUGUCAGUUGAUAAUAUCAGAAUACUAGGAACAUCUGGCCAACCAGUAGAAGACAUUUUACGUUACAGUGAGAUUGGGCACUCGCUGGAGGCUCUAGAGAAAACAUUAGAGUGGGGACACCUGGCUCCAACAGCUCCAGAUACGUUAGGGUGCUUUCCAUUUGUUGACGAAGAUCCAUUUAUAUUGUCAGAAUGUCCACACGUGUAUUUUGCUGGCUGCCAGCCAGAGUUCAGUCAGAAAAUCUACAACGGUGCUGCUGGCCAGGAAGUAUUACUUUUGACCAUACCAAGAUUCUGUCAAACAGGGACUGCUGUCUUAGUAAACCUGAAAAAUCUGGAGGCCUAUCCCAUCAGUUUUUAUGGUCAUUUCCCACUUAGUGAUGUAAAAUCAGAAAAUUAAACAUUUUCAUGGACUUAAAAUGAAAAGCUACUUCAAUUGCAUUUAAGGAGCAUUGUUUCA